AUGAGUCUUCGUGUUCGUUCCGUUCAUCUCAGCACCAUGCCGCGUGCGUUCCUCAUGAGGAAGGAGGGCUACGAAAACUGCCCUCUCAAGAAGAGACCCCUACAACUUCUCAAUGAAUAUGUCGACGAUGACGAUCACGUAUCCGAAGAAGUACCUGAGCCUGAAAACUUGAGCUUGAAGCCUCGAUUCGUGAGCCCAGAAAAGUUGCGGCCAAGUUCCCCAAUUCAGAACAUUCCUUACAAACAUGCACCUACAGAAGAGGUCGAUCUGGCAGCUCUCCGCUAUCCAGCCUUUGAUGUCUACAACAGAGCCUAUAAAAUGGCUGAGAAAAAUGAGCCUAUGGAUCCCGUGGUGUUGAAACCAACUCCUUUGGAACCGAUCAACCUGAAUAGCACAGCAUCUCCUUAUCCAGAGCAUCCUCACUGGCAUCGAAGCGUUUCCUACAACCCCUACCUUCCCUUCAACUUCUCCUACUACCGGCAGCCAUCCGAGAUGUAUGGAUACAAUGGGAUGUUGAGUCCUUUGUACCCCGUCCACUCCCCGCGUAACUUCAGCCAAAAUUCUCCUAGGGAAUCCACGUCUCCCCCGCAUAUCUCUCCUCCCACGAAGGCAGAACUUAUGGGACCUCUCACACCUCUCUCACCACCAGAAGCCUCAGACCCGUCAAACACCUCUCUCUAUCCUAUUUUGGCCGAGAAGCUCCGGGAAGGCCGACCCAGCCCCAGCCCAACACCAGCCUACAGCCCCACGAGCUCUUGUACAGGAUCUCUGUCCCCGGUUGACUUCCCCACCAGUGCUCCUUCUCGCUCCGAGACCAAAGAGCCACCGCGUUACCAUUGCUCGGACUGCAACAAAUCAUACUCUACCUUCAGUGGGCUGACCAAGCACCGUCAGUUCCACUGCAGCAGUCAGGUGAAGAAGUCCUUCAGUUGCAAGUAUUGCGAAAAAGUGUACGUGAGCUUGGGGGCGUUGAAAAUGCAUAUCAGGACUCAUACUCUCCCCUGCAAAUGCAAACUUUGUGGAAAAGCCUUCUCCAGGCCCUGGUUGCUCCAAGGACACAUCAGAACUCAUACCGGAGAGAAACCGUUUUCUUGCCCACAAUGCAUGAGAGCCUUCGCAGACAGAUCAAAUCUACGUGCCCACAUGCAAACCCAUUCAGAUGUCAAGAAGUAUUCAUGCAAGGUGUGCAAGAAGACGUUCUCGAGGAUGAGCCUGUUACACAAGCACGAGGAAAGCGGAUGUGCAGGCGCCACAUUGCCUUCUUCCGCGUGA